CUUCUCCACAGCCGCGUCUUGGCCACCUGAAGGGACAGAGCGGGCAGGGGCCGGGACAGGAGACGGCGGGGCGGGACGGCCAGUCCAGGGGAGGCCUCCACAUGGCCCCGCCGUGAGACGCUGGACCCAGCCGCGGGGACCUGGCGCGGUGUACUGGAGUCCCAGGAGCAGUCAGGACAGGGUGGAAGCAGUCUCUGCCAUGGAUGAAUAUAAGCUCCCAUCUGUACUCCCUAAGGAGAUCAGUGCCUCCUGUGACCCCUGCCUGGAGCCUGAGAAGGAGCCUGGGGCCCAGAAUGGAAUGACGGCUAGUGAGGGUCUGAGCAGCUCCCUCAGCAGCCCAGUGCAUGAGAAAAGAGAUGCCCUGUUGGACACUGAGGAGCCCACAGGGGACCCAGGUGAGGCCCUCCUUGGCCUCAGCCCAGGCCUUUCCCUCACCAAUGGCCUAACCCUGGGACCAGAAAUGAACAUUCUAGAAGAUUCAACAGAGUCCAGUCCCUGGAGGGCUGGUGGGCUGGCCGAAGGGAAUGAUGUCUCCAGCAGCCUCUGUCCAGACACUGAGGACCCUCAACUGGGGCUUGAUGGCUCCGGGGAGCCAGAUGUGCGAGAUGGCUUCAGUGCCACAUUUGAGAAGAUCCUGGAGUCAGAGCUGCUGCGGGGCACCCAGUACAGCAGCCUCGACUCCCUGGAUGUGCUGAGCCUCACUGAUGAGAGUGACAGUUGUGUCAGUUUCGAAGCCCCACUCACACCGCUCAUCCAGCAGCGGGCCCGGGAGAGCCCUGAGCUAGGGGCUGGGCUGGGGAUUGGGGAUAUGGGGCCUGAAGUGGACCUGGGGGCAGCUGGAGGGGCUGGGGGGCUGGGCAGCCCCCUACGGCGCUCCAUCUCUAGCAGCCGCUCCGAGAACGUCCUGAGCCGCCUGUCUCUCACAACGGUUCCCAACGGCUUCCAUGAGGAUGGGCCUCAGGGGUCAGGCAGGGAUGAAGAUGAUGAGGAGGACACGGAGAAGCUGCUGAGCUCAGCCAGUGACCCUAGCCUGAAGGAUGGCCUGUCGGACUCAGACUCAGAGCUGAGCAGCUCAGAGGGGCUGGAGCCUGGUGGAACAGACUCGCUGGCCAAUGGAUGCCAGGGGGUGAGUGAAGCUGCUCGCCGGCUGGCCCGCCGCCUCUACCACCUCGAAGGCUUCCAGCGCUGUGACGUGGCCCGACAGCUGGGCAAGAACAACGAGUUCAGCAGGCUGGUGGCUGGUGAAUACCUCAGUUUCUUUGACUUCUCUGGCCUCACUCUGGACCGAGCACUCAGAACCUUCCUGAAGGCCUUUCCUUUGAUGGGGGAGACACAGGAGCGAGAGCGGGUCCUUACGCACUUCUCCCGCCGGUACUGCCAGUGCAACCCUGAUGACAGCACCUCAGAAGAUGGGAUCCACACGCUCACCUGUGCCCUGAUGCUGCUCAACACGGACCUGCAUGGACAUAACAUUGGCAAGAAGAUGUCCUGCCAGCAGUUCAUUGCCAACCUGGACCAGCUGAAUGAUGGCCAAGACUUUGCCAAAGACCUCUUGAAGACCCUUUAUAAUUCCAUCAAGAAUGAAAAACUGGAAUGGGCUAUUGAUGAGGAUGAGCUGAGGAAAUCCCUGUCUGAGCUGGUGGAUGACAAGUUUGGGACAGGCACAAAGAAGGUGACACGGAUUCUGGAUGGUGGCAACCCUUUCCUGGAUGUCCCUCAAGCUCUCAGUGCCACUACCUACAAGCAUGGCGUGCUGACUCGGAAGACUCAUGCCGACAUGGAUGGCAAGAGGACACCCCGUGGGAGGCGUGGCUGGAAGAAAUUCUACGCGGUGCUCAAAGGGACCAUCCUGUAUCUGCAGAAGGAUGAGUACAGGCCUGACAAGGCUUUGUCAGAGGGUGACCUCAAGAAUGCCAUUCGCGUGCAUCAUUCUCUGGCCACCCGGGCCUCUGACUACAGCAAGAAGUCCAACGUGCUCAAACUGAAGACUGCUGAUUGGAGAGUCUUCCUCUUCCAGGCCCCGAGCAAGGAAGAAAUGCUCUCCUGGAUUCUAAGGAUCAACCUGGUGGCUGCCAUCUUUUCAGCCCCUGCCUUCCCAGCUGCUGUCAGCUCGAUGAAGAAGUUCUGUCGGCCCCUGCUCCCCUCCUGCGCCACUCGUCUGUGCCAGGAGGAGCAGCUGCAGUCUCACGAGAAUAAGUUGAGGCAGGUGACCGCAGAGCUGGCUGAGCACAGGUGUCACCCAGUGGAGCGAGGCCUCAAGUCCAAGGAGGCGGAGGAGUACCGGCUAAAGGAGCACUAUCUCACAUUUGAGAAAAGCCGUUAUGAGACCUACAUCCAUCUUCUGGCUGUGAAAAUCAAAGUGGGCUCAGAUGAUCUGGAGCGGAUUGAGGCUCGGUUGGCCACCCUAGAAGGGGAUGACCCUUCUCUCCGGAAGACACAUUCAAGUCCUGCCCUUAGCCAGGGCCAUGGGACUGUGACUGGCAGCAAAGCCACUGGGUCUGAUACUUAGCCAGUGUGAAUGUGCAGGUGAAUCCCCCUGGAGGGGUCAGUGAGCACAAUUCCAGCCAAUGGCUGCUUGGAUCAAUUCCGGCAGUUG